AGCCUGCAAGCGUCAUGUUUGAAAAACGAAAAAAUUUGCAUUCAGGGCCCAAAAGGAGACAUGGGUCCAACAGGAUUCUUAGGUGACAAAGGCGGGAUUGGGGACAAAGGUGAGCGAGGAUUGAGGGGUUCAAAAGGUGAUAAAGGAGAACAAGGACCUAAAGGCAUCAGCAUUGUUCCACCUCAAAUUACCAAGUCACCUACAGAUGUGGAGGCACUGAUGGGAGCUAGUGUGACCUUCGCUUGCGCUGCCAGAGGAUUUCCUCCACCCAAGAUAACAUGGCGCAAGCAAUCGUCAAAACUGCCUGUCUUACGAGCCACUAUCAGUGACAAUAACAGUUUGGUUAUUACCAACAUACAUCGUGACGAUGCGGAUACGUAUAUAUGCCAAGCUGAAAACGUCUUUGGAGUGAAAAACGCUUACGCCACUCUUGUAGUACAAGUUCCCGUGACAUUCAUUAGUGUACCAACGGAGAUUGUUAAAGCAAUUAUUGGAGACAAAGUACAGCUAACUUGCCGCGCUGACGGUUAUCCUCUACCAAAGGUUACAUGGUCACGACCAAAUGGCUUGCCAAAAGGAGCUGUUGUCACGUCGAACGGUUCUCUGGACAUUUACAACAUUAGUAGGGAGGACUUUGGCCAAUACAAAUGUAUUGCUGAAAACUCUAUUGGGUCACAAUCAUACACUCUCUCAUUAUCGCCAACAGGUGGUGAGGGCGACGAGACUGGGAUGAAUGUGUUGAUAGGCAGACAAGCUUCCUUACGAUGUAGCUUAUGCUCAGUCCCCGGGUUUUCGUUCACUUGGCAAAGAAUGGGGAAAGCAUUGCAAUCUGAUCGUGUUCAGGUAAAAGAUUGUUCGGUAGUCAUCAGGAACGUUGUACAUUCAGACUCUGGCAACUACACCUGCAUUGCUGCCAAUGACUACAACGGCUUUUCUCUGAAAGAGAAUAUUCCACUAACAGUCUUGGGGUUACCUCGAUUUACUUCAGUGAUUCCUUUCUCUGCGGUCGUGAAAUCUGGAGAUAAUUUCUCGUUGCCUUGCAAAGCAGUAGGUCCCCCUAAGACGUCUGUCUAUUGGAGCAAAGAACAUGUGAAAGUAACAAAUCUGUCUGCAGUAGCAACGGUUCGUAUCAGCAACGUGUCAAAGUCAGACGAAGGAGUUUACCACUGCCAUGCUAUCAACAAAGUAGGAAGAAUAAGCGUAACAACAAGGCUAGCCGUGCUUCGAUUUAAGUUUGAUUCCCCGCCUCCUCUAAAGCUAGAAGAAACUGUUGGCAACACUGUGACCAUCAAUUGUGCUGCAAGGCUGGCUGAAGGACUUCCUACUGCUGAGGUGUCGUGGAAGGUACCAUGUGGUCGCAGUAAAUCUCACUACGACAUCAAAGCAGACGGCACUCUUACCAUCACUAAAGCUAGUCCGUGGGAUAGCGGGAUAUAUGAAUGCACUGCAAAAUCUUUUGUAGGAGACCCUAUUACUGCAAAAGUAAACGUCGUUAUCACUGCAGACGGACAAAAAAAUUUGGACUGGAGAGAUACUGACGACAGCUGCAGUGGAUUUGUGCAGUCUUCUUACAACAAUACUGUUUACUAUGCGGUGGCUGCAUCUGCAACAUGGGAUAAGACCAAGUACUAUUACUGUCCAAACGGAUUUCGUUGGGCUUGCACCUCGGAGACAGCUGUCAUUUUUACAAUUGGUUACUACUAUGGUUCGGGUGGACAUGAUACACUUUACCGUAACAAAUGUGGUUGGAAUGACUACCUCUACAAGAACUAUCAGAGAUAUUUCUUUCGCUUUAGGGAUUCAUUUCAGACUAACGGACACAAACACAGUGGAAAGUCACACAGAUACCAAGUGGAAUAUUCUUCAUCUACCAGCUAUUUUGCUGGUAUCGUCUGCCUAAAAGACUAAAAGCGCUUGUAAACUGAUUUUGCGUUUGUUGUGGCAUAAAGUCAUGUUUCGUUGUGACAACAUGAUAUUCGAUGCUAACGUGGUCUCUUGUGUCUGUUCAAUUAUU